GUUGGCACGGUGUGAGUGUUUGUGUUCCAGUUCGGCUGUGAUCAACUGAUUUGUUUGUGCGCAAUGCUAGAUGGAAUCUUUGCUUAAUUUGGGUAUUUGGCAUUGAUCACUUCAAGAAUGCAGACAGACGUCUUGGCAUUGCGAGCUUGAACAGGGGCGCCCAGAUGGCUCCGCGCCGGUCCCGCGCCGCGGCCGCUCCCCAGAGGGCGACGAACGGCCACCGUGUGCCGGUGCGGCUGCCGCCCGGCCUGACGCUGACCGACGUCACCCAGCGGCGCUGGCGGCUCGGCCGCUCCAUCGGCAUUGGCGGUUUCGGCGAGAUCUACUGCGCCGACCGCGACGACGGCGGCCCGGUGGGCGCCGACGCGGCGCAUGUGGUCAAGGUGGAGCCGCACUCGAACGGGCCGCUCUUCUCGGAGAUGCACUGCUACCACCGUGUGGCGCGCGCUGACAUGAUCGACGCCUGGAGGCGCCAGCAGGGCCUGAAGAGGCUGGGCAUGCCGCGCUUCGUGGCGAGCGGCUCGGUGGAGUACGGCGGCCAGCGCUACCGCUUCAUGGUCAUCGACCGCUUCGGCACCGACCUGCAGAAGCUGCUCAACGAGAACGGCGCCCGGUUCCCCGUGGCCACAGUCCUCCUGAUCGGCGUGCAGGUGCUGGACACGCUGGAGUACGUGCACAGUCGGGAGUACAUUCACGCAGACAUCAAAGCACAGAACCUGCUGCUGGGCUACAAGAAGGGGACUGAGAACCAGGUGUACUUGGUCGACUUUGGUCUGGCGUGUCGGUACGCGCUGGACGGUCAGCACAAGCCGUACAGGCCGGACCUGCGCAAGGCGCACAACGGCACCAUCGAGUUCACCAGCCGCGACGCCCACAUCGGCGCCCACUCGCGGCGCGGCGACCUCGAGAUCCUCGGCUACAACCUGCUGCAGUGGGCGUGCGGCCGGCUGCCCUGGCAGGACCACCUGCAGCACGCCGACGCCGUGGCGCGCUACAAGAACCGGCUGAUGCAGGACGUGCCGGCGCUCAUGCUGGCGUGCUUCCCGGACGGACGACCAGCCGGCGCCGAUGCGAUCCAGCACUUCCUGGAGUCAGUGGCUGCUCUAGAGUUCGAGACCGACCCGGACUACGAAUCGCUGCGAGGCCUGCUGCGGGCCGGCCUGCGCACGCUCGGCUCCCCCAGCCGGCUGCGGUUCUCUGCCGCCGUCCAGGCCACGCACCGCCGCCGCCGACCCCGCUCCGGCUCAAGUCGCAGCCAAGAGCCGGCCGCCAAACGGCCAGCCCGCUCCCCAACCCAACCCGGCAGCAGCGGCGGCGGCCAGGAGAACAACUUGGGCCGCGCGGGCGCGCCGCCGGGCCGCCGCGGCCGGGCGCCGCUCCGGCUGGUGACGGGCAACAGCGGCCCGCCGGCGCCCGACGACCAGCCCGAGGCCACGUCGCCCUCGCUCCGCUCCGACGGCAAGCUGCGCGACUUCGACUGGCAGCACUACAACAAGAUGGUGGAGGAGGCGGAGCGCCGCCGCGCCGGGCGUCAGUCGACUGCGGACGGCGGCGCCGGCGACGGCGCGGCUGAGAGCCGAUACACAAUGCAGGACAAUAUCACUCCGGCUAUGCGCGCCGUUCUCCUGAAACGGCUGACUCGCUCGCCAGAAAAGGGUGACGCGCGCGCCAAGAAGCGCAGCUGCAGCAGCAGCCGCGGCCGGAAGGAGAGCAGCGCUGCGGCGCCGGUCACACCGGCCAUGGCGGACGUGAUGCGAACACGACGGAGCCGGCAGCGGGGCCGGCGCCGCCGCUCGCCGGACGGCACCGACGACGAGCUCAGCUUCCACGCGCCGCCCGUAGAGUCGGCCGCGGCCAUGCGUUGGCGGAGCCCGCCGCUUGCCCUGCCCCAAGCCGCGGUCAGCCAUCCGCAGCGAGCCGCCGGCCGCGGGGCGCCGCCUGCGCAGCGGGCUCCAGUACAGCUCUCGACCGGCCUGACGCCCUGA